GGCUCAGUGAGCUGACUGAGGGAGCCACUGCUGACCCCCACCAUGGACAGCAGGGCACGGGGUGCCUGCAGCCUCUGCUUUCUGAGCUCAUUACCAAUUGUCUUGGGCCACGUGCACCCAGAGUGUGACUUCAUCACCCAGUUGAGGGAGGAUGAGAGUGCGUGUCUGCCGGCAGCAGAGGGGGUACCCAACGCCACCCUGGGUACGGGGCUGCCCAGGACCUGGGAUGGGCUGCUGUGCUGGCCGAUGGCAGACUCUGGUGAGGGGGUGACUCUCCCCUGCCCGGAUUUCUUCUCUCACUUCAGCUCAGAGCCAGGGGCUGUGCAGCGGGAUUGCACGAUCGCAGGCUGGUCUGAGCCCUUCCCACCUUACUCUGUGGCCUGCCCUGUGCCCUUGGAACUGCUGACCGAGGAGCAAUCCUACUUCUCCACGGUGAAGACCAUCUACACCCUGGGCCAUAGCGUCUCUGUCGUGGCCCUGCUGGUGGCCAUCGCCAUCCUGGUCGCUCUCAGGAGGCUCCACUGCCCCCGGAACUACAUCCACACCCAGCUGUUUACCACCUUUAUCCUCAAGGCGGGAGCUGUGUUCCUGAAGGACGCCAUGCUCUUCCACGGCGAGAACACGGACCACUGCAGCUUCUCCACUGUACUGUGCAAGGUCGCUGUGGCCACCUCCCAUUUCGCCACCAUGACCAACUUCAGCUGGCUGUUGGCAGAAGCUGUCUACCUGACCUGCCUCUUGGCUUCCACGUCGCCCAGCAUGAGGAGAGCCUUCUGGUGGCUGGUCCUCGCUGGCUGGGGGCUUCCUCUGCUCUUCACUGUCACGUGGGUGGGUUGCAAGUUGGCCUUCGAGGACGUUGCGUGCUGGGACCUGGACAACAGCUCCCCCUACUGGUGGAUCAUCAAAGGGCCCAUCGUCCUCUCUGUUGGGGUAAACUUUGGGCUUUUUCUCAAUAUCGUUCGCAUCCUGCUGAGGAAACUGGAGCCAGCUCAGGGCAGCCUCCACACCCAGUCUCAGUACUGGCGUCUCUCCAAGUCAACUCUUCUCCUGAUCCCCCUGUUUGGAAUUCACUAUAUCAUCUUCAACUUCCUGCCUGAUAGCGCGGGCCUGGGCGUUCGCCUCCCACUGGAGCUGGGACUGGGCUCCUUUCAGGGCUUCAUCGUGGCCAUCCUGUAUUGCUUCCUCAACCAAGAGGUGAGGACUGAGAUCUCACGGAGAUGGCACGGCCAUGACCCCGAGCUUCUGCCAGCCCGGAGGACCCGUGCCAAGUGGACACUGCCUUCCCGCUCGAGGGCCAAGGUGCUGACGUCUGUGUGCUAGGCUGGUCACAUCAGGCGACUGAGGUCCACACCUGAACUUGGGCAGCUACGACGGGUCCACCACCCUCCAGGGGAGUGGGACCAGCGUCCCCUGGGAGCCGUCAGUUCAUGCCUCCACCCAAGGGGCUUCCCAGCCCUGGGCAGAGACAGCCCUUCUUCCCUGUACUGUCCCUGAUUC